AAGUUCUUCAGCUCAGCCCUCAUCGUGGCCCUCUUCGCGGGGCUCGCCAACGUCGCACUCGCGGCCAAGGGCCCGGUCAUCACGAGCAAGGUCUACUUCGACAUUCAGCACGGCGAUGAGCCCAUGGGCCGCAUCGUCAUGGGCCUGUACGGCAAGACGGUCCCCAAGACCGCCGAGAACUUCAGGCAGCUCGCGACCGGCGAGGCUGGGUUCGGCUACGAGGGCUCGUCGUUCCACCGCGUCAUCAAGAACUUUAUGAUCCAGGGCGGCGACUUCACCCGUGGCGACGGCACGGGCGGCAAGAGCAUCUACGGCAACAAGUUUGAGGACGAGAACUUCAAGCUCAAGCACACUGGCCCGGGCGUCCUCUCGAUGGCCAACGCCGGCCCCGGCACCAACGGCUCGCAGUUCUUCCUCACGACCGUCACCACAUCCUGGCUCGACGGCCGCCACGUCGUCUUUGGCAAGGUCCUCGAGGGCAUGGACGUCGUCUACGCUGUCGAGAACGUGCCCAAGGGCCCAGGCGACAAGCCCAAGCAGAAGGUGACGAUCGUCAAGAGCGGCGAGAUCCCGCUCGAGACGCAGCUCGACGCAGACGGUCAGCCCAUCCCGUACCGCGAGGAGCUCUGAGCGGCGCCCCGCGCCCGCGCCCGCGCCGCGCAAGGGAGGGAGAGAGGGAGGGGUGGCAGGUGGGUCGAGUCGAGGAGCAGGCGAGGCGAGGCGAGGCGAGGCGAGGAGCGGCGAGAGCCUGGUGGUGGUGGGGUGCAGCGACGGGACGUGGAGUCGCCGGCGCGGGACGGACGAGGGCGAGCGAGCGAGCGAGCGAGGGACGAGGAGGGUCCGGGCGGCGGGUCCGGUGCGCACCCCUCUCCCCGACUGAAAUGCAGGACCCUGA